CCCAUUGCUACAAGAUUGUGUACUUUGGAUCGCAUCCCUGUUCCACCCAAUUCACUGGCGCUCUUCCCAUACUGGGUUUCGGACUAUACUUUUUCUCUGUCCUUUUUUUUUUUCGCUAUUUUUUAUACUGUUUAAUCGAUACAUUUCUCAUUCUUCACCGAUUUGUAUCCUGUCGAAAUGCAGUACUCAUUCAUCCUUUCUACUGCCAUGGCUACAUAUUCGCUUUUCAGCGUUUCCUCAGCCAGAGACCCUUUCAAAGUCUCAAUGCCAUCCGUGCUUUAUCGUGUCGACGUUGCUCCUCCCAGAGAGGUGGGAAACGAUGGCAUUAGAGGCAAGGAUAUGGUGUUCACGUCAAACUUAAUGGCUGCCAGGACGGCUGCAUCAAAGAUACACAGUUCUUCUAAACCCCGUCUCGGUGCUUACGUUUACUACAUCAAGACGGCCGGGGUUGAAGAUUUGUUUGCUUAUACCGGAGAUGGCGGCAGUUCUGAGAUCAAAGAGUUUCGAACCAGCGAAGGAAUCCCUUUGGCGCAUAUCGUGAAAGGUGAGGCGAUCGCGAGGGAUGGCCAGGUAAUCAAAACCUGGGAUUUCACGAUGCCGAACCGCUGGUGA